CUGGAGUCUGCGAUCAAGACCAACGGCCUCGCCUUCAAAGGAAAACCGUGCACCGCUGCAACCGUCGCGGCGCUGAGAGGUCUGCAGCCUUUCGUCCUCGACGGCGCCUGCGGUUCGGCUUUUGCACUGGCCGCGGCGCAUUGCCCAGAGCUUCGCGAACCCGCGCUUCUCAUGAGGAUCGGUUCCGGCUGCUCCGCGAGGGGUGUCUCUGGCGCCAUGGCUAGGGGGUAUUUCGUUUUCAUCAUGAACAGCUUCCGCAUGGCCCGCCUCGCGGGCGAUGUUCCGAUGGGCGAGAGACUGUCCGUUGGCCGAGUCGUCGGGCGCGAGAAAAAGACGCCAGCGAUGCCCCGCGCGUUCCUCAAGAAAAAGGAGCUCGUCGAGUACAUAUUCCACGAGGUGUCUCUCAUUGACAAGGAUAUGCAGAAUGGCAUGGCCAAGUUCACUCCCUCUGUUGCGGAUGGGCUCGUGGCUUCGCACCGGGCGUUCGAGUCAGGCGGCGGCGCUGACGGGAUGGACGCGCUGUUUGCGCUCAAAGUGGCUGAGUAUCUUAGCGGGGUGGAUGCCAAGGCGAAGGCGAUGAUCUACGUCGCGUGGCCUGCGUGGCCUGGCGCUUUCGACGACGAAAUUGCCGACCUAGCCUUGCAGGAGAUGCGGGACAGCACGCCUGGGUUCUUCUGGCACACGUACCUCGACGAGACCAGCCAGCAGGUGGGCGCCGAUUACCGCGCCUUCGUGGCCGCGUGCACCAGUGGACCGAUCCCCACCGCCCCCGAGCUUGAUCAAAAUCUCGGCCUGUCGGGGAGUUCCGAGCUCGGGGAGGAGCAGAAAAAAGAGCUUCAGGAGCUCCAGGAGCAGCUCAGGCAGCUCCGCAGGCAAACUGUCAUGCUCGUAUCUUUGCCGGCUGUCGGCGCUGCCUUUGGCGCGGAGUACGCAGCGCAGCAGAUGCAGAGCGCGUGGGGGGCGCUCAGCCUUGGGCGCCGCUUCGGGAGGAAGAAAGGCGACGUCCGCGCGUUCAUCCUCUCAGCGCAGCCCCCCCCGCCCAACCUCGUCAAGCAAGGCGCCGAGACGAGGGUGAGCGAGCAGAUGCAAUGUGACGAAGCGAAGCGCAAGCGCGUCGCCGAGUUCUUCAUGCAGACGAGGGGGAUGGAUGAUCUCAUCAUCCUCUUCGACGGCAGGAGCCGGGCGAACCGCCGCGCCAUUGAGUCCAUGGAGGAGAAGUUGCAGACAGGCGGCCCCCGCGCGUUCGUUGAGCGCUGUUUCGCGCGCGCGCAGCCGACCAAGCAGGAGGGCCCACGGGCCGCGGCCAGGGCGCAUUUCUCGCCGCCACUCAAGGGCCCGCGGAAAGCGGCGCACCGUUCGGAGUUCAACGCGCGCGGCGAGACCUCGAGCGCAGCCGCGACAUACAGUGGCAUCCACGUGCGGCGCUUCUCGGAGCCCCACCGCAUGUCCCACGAGACCAAGACGAGCAUCCCGGGGGCUGCAUCUUGCGCCGCGCUCGAUGGCAAGCUAGCGCGCCUGCAGGGAGACAUCGACGAGAAGGGCCACCCGUUCUCGUACAACGAGGCGAAGCCCCUCAGCUUCUGGUUGACGAUCAUGGAGCACCACGAAGUGACCCACAUCGUGGACUUCACUGCAGGCUCUGGCGCCUUGGCUGUCGCUGCCUCUGGCGCAAUGGAGCACGGGGGCAUCGCUUGCCACGGUGCGCAUCGGGACUGGCUCGACUCCAUCGUGGACAGGCGCGUCACGCACAAGGCGGGCCACGAGGAGGGGCACGCGGAGCAAUUGGGCGGCGACGCGGAGUUCGUCGAGAAAACCAGCAAGUAUUUCAGCGGAACCACGACGGAGGCGCGCCGGUUGCCGAUGCCAGCGGCCGAGGAUGGCAACGAGGUUGAGGAGGGGCAUGAGGUUGACGCGAGCUUGGACGACAACUAG